AUGGCUUCAGGUGACAUUACAAACGCAACAUCUCAAAAACGAAAACAAUACACUCUUAUUUGGCUUGAUUCAGACGUUAAAAAGAAUGAAACAAGUAUGGAUCUUGAAAAGGAUUUACGAAACAUGUUUAAUACAGUUGAAAUAUUUGAGAAGGAAGAUAAAUGUGAAGAAUAUAUAAAACGAAUGAUUGAUAGACGAAUCAUCUUAAUUGUAUCGGGAAUGUUAGGUAGUAAACUAGUGCCACGUGUGCAUGAAUUAAAACAAGUAAGAAAUGUCGUUGCAAUAGCUGCAGAUCUUCGUAGACGUUUAGGUGGGUUGGUUUGGGAUGAUGAACAGUUGCAGAAAGUAUCAACGUAAGUUCGUUAUAAACAAAUAAGCUUCUCUCUAAUUUACCUGAUUCAUGACGAAAAAAGCUGUUCACAACGAACAUUUGAACGAUUUGACCAAUAAACUAGUUAAAAUAAACUUUGGAUAACAGCAGUAUCCGUGUAUAUUUUAAUCAUUUGCUAAUCUUACUUUAUUAAACUUAAUGUUCAGACUCAAACAGAGGCUGUGUGCAACUUAUGCUGGUCAGUGGCAGCUCCAGAAUUAUUUUUGGUACGUGUGGUAUACAAUAAAAGUGCGAGAUAUGUGCGGUCGGCAUAGAAACAAAUUAUUUUAUGAGAGAUCUGCUAGGAAAAAUAGUUUUUUUAUUAAAAGGUACGAACGGUUGCUCGUACCGUUCGCGGGCUGGAUCUGUCACUGAUGCUAGUUGACAAGCACUAUCAAAUAUAUCUUUCUUGAAAAAGUUUUGCUUCUAGAACAUAACAGAAACUACUGUCCGUCAAACUGUCGUUUUUAUGUUCAUCUUAUGACUUUCAGUCGCUCCAUAUCCAUAUUCAUAUUCACUAUGGUCGGUAAUCUGUCUAAAUACUUUUUGGCUAAAAUCGCAUGUGGAACAUGGUUUUCCAGAGGUCCAAAGUUUUAGGAGCAUUUUCAGGAUUGUCCUCUCAAAUCCAAAUAAAACCCUUCGCUACUAGACACGAAAAUAUAGAGGCACAAAGCCUGACUAAAAUAGCGAAAGAAUUAGCCCGAUACCUAGCAGUGUUUUUGGACAGUGAUCACUUUAGUGUAGACAAUUGGAAAGUUUGAGCUCAUAUAUCUCAAAAUCUCCCCGAAAAGCUUUUAUAAUUAUUAUCAGAAUAGAUAGUGCUCAUCUUGAGCCUCGAAAUUCGUAAAAUAUCGAUCGUCUUUUAAUGAUUUAAGAGAGCUCUUUACUCGAUUUUUUACUUCUACUGCGGCCAGAUCGUUUCUUUUAUCAUAAUUUUCUUAUUUUAGCUGAUUCUAAUCAUAACAUAUGAAAAGUAUCUGCUUUUUCCUCGCAACGAUUCAAGCCGGGAGACCGCGAUAUUCAGAUCGGGCAUGUCGAGAAACGGCGUUCACCUAAGUUUGAGCUUAAAGGCAGACAAAAAGUUUUCCUCGAAAUUUUUGCCUGAGGUCCCCUUCAGCUGUUUUGCCUAGCAUGUUGGACGAAAACUUUUUUUUCAGAACAUAUCGAAUUAUCUAUGAUUAGAUGCAGUUUUUUUCGUAGAUUCCGAAUAUUACAUUGGUUUUGCAUAAAAGUACUUCUGAAUGUUUAAAAUUUAAGUUCUUCGGUUUUUCCGUUCUGCAUAUGAGUGAAUUGCAACUUUUUGGUACAAUUGACCCGAAAAAAAGAAAGUGAACCUAAACAACUUUGAGUACUGCAUUUUAGUAUGCUCUAUGCCUGUAGUACACAGCAAAAUUUUCCCGACACUUCAUCAAUUAUUAAGGGAGAUAUACGCUGUAGAAAUGUACAAUUUUUUAUCGGCCGUAGAAGUCAAGACACUCUGAUAUUUUUUCAAUAACUUUCGAUAGGAACAUGAUAGAGACCUGCGGUUUUCAGCGUUUGAUAGCCAAGACCCAGGAGCAUAUUUUCAUAAGAAAAUUUUUCCAAAAAAAAAUCCGAAAAAUCGGUUUUCCAAAUGAUUUCUUGGAAAUCACGCUAGAUUUUUACAGAUCGUUUGUAAACCCAAUUUUUCGAAUAUUUUUUGGAAAAAUUAUGAACUUGAUAAAGUAACAACCAAAAACUGUUUAAAAACACGUUUCUAGUUGUUAUAGACAGAGAUAGAGAGCGACGCGAGAACAGGUGUUUUAGAUGAAAAACUCCUUGAACCCAACUUAUAAUUUUGAG